UUACACUGUACGGUAUGGCAAUGAACUGCCUAAUUUAUUUAUUCAUCUUUAUUUCCUCGGCAUUUUGCAGCGAUGAGAAACUUGUGGCCUCAAGACGGUUCAAUAUUAGACCCGAUCCUGCACCGAAAUCAAUAACAGUAGAUUGGGGUAACAUCCAGUAUACAUUUACCUACCAAGCCAUGGGAGGAACCAAUGAGGACUGGGAAAUCGGCAUUUUUCAUGCUAGUGAAAAUCAGGUGUCCUGCAUGGUCAACAGAGCAGAUGGUAUGACAACUUACUUCAUCUUCCAAAGCUUCUCCCUCGAGGUCAAAGGUGCAACCUAUGCUGUUGGACAACCAUAUGACUCCAAAAAUAAGGAUCUUUCGCCGGCGGAGUUUGAUGAACUGCCAAAGAAAAAUAUGGUGAAAAACAGCAAGAAUUUCAAGAACUCAAUCGGAAAGGUUAUAUUAUGGGCUAAAUUCGAUGUAAAAGAAGAAUUAUAAUGAACAGCUACAGCCAUGGACAGCAUUACUUAGCAGCUAAUAACAAGAGAGUGUACACAUUAUAACUAGCUUCCAUAUGUAUGUGUUAUUGAGUUCAGACACAACCAACAACCUCUCCAAGGUUGUGACCUGGGGGUGACAAUGCACUAACGGGUAUGUUAAUGGUAUAUGAUGGAAGUAUUUGGUGUAAGACGUGUGGUUAGGUGCAAGUGUGAGAAAUGUGGUGUUACGUGCCAGAAAUGUGGUGACAGAUGUGAAAAAUAUGGUGUCACAUGCCGCAAAUGUUGUGUUAGGUGUGAGAAUGGUGGCAUUAUGUGCCAGACAUGUGGUGUUAUGUGUGAAAAAUAUGGUGUUAGGUGUGAGCAUUUUAGUGUCACAUGCCACAAAUGUUGUGUGAGAAUGGUGGCAUUAUGUGCCAGAAAUUUGGUGUUAGGUGUGAGAAUUUUGUUGUGUGCCAGAAAUGUGGUGUUAGUGGUGAGAUUUGUGGUGUUACAUGCCAAAAAUGUGGUGUUGGGAGUGAGAAAUAUACAUGUAGUAUUAGGUGCUGGAAAUGUGGGAUUAGAUGUGAUAAAGUAAUUUUUACGAGUC